CGCCAUGGGAACCGGAGCCAAAACCUCGCGUCCCGCCUCCUCCCGCCGGAUUGGACGCGGCCUCUGUCAAUCCGCAAAGAGAACGUUGUGAACGGCGGCUUGGGGAAGUCCGCGCGUGCUUCCGUUCGCGCCGCUUCCGUUUCCGGGUGCCGGCGUGAGGGAGCUGAGGCGGCCGGCGCGGCGGGCAGGAUGGGGCUGAGCGCGGAGGAGGCGGCGGAGCAGGAGGACCGGUUCGACGGCAUGCUCCUGGCCAUGGCCCAGCAGCACCAGGGCGGCGUGCGCGAGCUCGUGAACACAUUCUUUAGUUUCCUGAGGCGUAAAACGGAUUUUUUCACUGGUGGAGAAGACGGAGUAGCAGAGAAGCUGAUCACAGAUACCUUCAACCAUCACAACAAACUAGCUCAGAAGGAGCGGAAAGAGAAAAAGGCUCGACAAGAGGCGGAGCGGCGUGAAAAGGCAGAGAGAGCCGCAAAACUCGCUAAAGAAAAGCAGCAAGAGGCAAACGAGCCAAGGAUUAAGGAGCUUACAGAUGAGGAAGCAGAAAGGCUGGAGCUGGAGAUCAACCAGCAGAAGAAGGAGGUGCAAGGACAGAUGAACAGUGUCCCGGUGAAACCCUCGGCGGAUGAAGGUGAAUCUUUGGAUUCUAACAAACAGGAAACAGAUGAUGAAGAGGAAGAUGAGAAGGAUAAAGGAAAAAUUAAACCCAACUCUGGCAAUGGAGCUGACCUUCCCAAUUAUAGAUGGACACAGACUCUUUCAGAGCUGGAUCUGGCCGUCCCGUUCAAGGUGAACUUCAGGUUGAAGGGGAAGGACGUGGUGGUGGAUGUUCAGCGACGGCGCCUCAAAGUUGGCCUGAAGGGCCAUUCGCCCGUCAUCGAUGGCGAGCUUUUCAAUGAAGUGAAGGUGGAGGAGAGCUCCUGGCUGAUCGAAGAUGGGAAAACCGUCACCGUGCACCUGGAGAAGAUCAACAAGAUGGAAUGGUGGAACAAACUGGUCUCCACAGACCCUGAAAUCAACACCAAGAAAAUUAAUCCAGAAAACUCAAAGUUGUCAGACCUGGACAGUGAAACCCGCAGUAUGGUGGAGAAAAUGAUGUACGACCAACGACAGAAAUCCAUGGGCCUCCCCACGUCUGAUGAACAGAAGAAGCAGGACAUUUUGAAAAAGUUUAUGGAGCAGCAUCCAGAAAUGGACUUUUCAAAGGCUAAAUUCAACUGAGCCCUCCCCUUCUCCCCCCUGGUUCAGCCAGCCCAUGGAAUGGCGCAGGAUACGUGUUGCUGGAUACCCCCCACCUUGGGCAAGUACCACUUCCAGCGUCCCCCCCAAGCUCACUGCGGAGGUGGCUCCACCAAGUCAUCCGGGGUUGUCCUGUGUCACACGGGGCCACAGAAGCGCCUCGCAGCAGCUCCCGUUAGAGACAUCUGCAACACUUCCCAAAGGGCAGACAGGAGAGGAGGGGUUACAGCAAAAAGAGUGUUAGGAAAGAGCCAGGUCGGGGAGGUUUUGAUGCCUACUUUUAAUGUACAUCUCAGCUUCACCUCCUGGUUCCACUCUUUGCCACUUCAGUUUGGCAGCAGGUACUCUUGAAUUUUUACUCCCUUCCCCUCAGCUUUCCUGCUCUCCUGUGAAAACAAGGGCCAGUUUAUAAAAUAACUCUCCUUCUGCCUCCUUGGGAAGGGAAAACACCAGUCUAAAAACCCAGCUGUUGCUCCUCCUU